GUCACACCUCUUCAUCUUGCUACAGCAGGAAGAGAUAUUGACCUUGUUCAGAGAUUUCUAGGAAAGGGAGCGAGAAUCAAUUCAAAGACUUCACCAGGUGGUGCCUCUCCGCUCACGUAUGCGGCUGAACUUGGGGACAUUGCCAUGCUCCGUCUACUCUUGGGCAAGGGUGCUAUAGUCGACAAUAGAGACGACUAUGGUCUCACUCCAAUGCACAGCGCAGCAAAUGGGGGCUUUACGGAAGUGGUCAUUGCCUUGCUGGGAAAGGGAGCUAACGUUGGCGCCGAAGGUAGUGAUGGGCUCCAAGCACUUCACCUUGCUGCUGGCGGAGGUCACUCAGCGCUAACAAGGACCCUAAUUCGAAGAGGAGCUUCUGUGAAUGCGACGACUCAUGAUGGAUUCACGCCUCUACAUUUGGCUGCAGCAACUAGCGGAACCGCGGAUGCCGUACGAACUCUCGUUAACGAAGGGGCUGAUGUUGAUAAACGCGAUAGCUUUGGCGCAUCACCCUUGGAUCUAGCUGUUUCUAACAGCAACCUGGAGGCAGCGGAUAUAUUGCUGAAUCAUGGUGCC